AUGGUGAAAGGUGAGAGGCCACAUAACCUGAAGUAUAAUGAAAUCACUGUGUCAAAUAUGGUGAAAAAGAUUGGAAUCCGUUUCAAACCAAAUAAAGCGGUUUGGAGGUACCGAAAAAUGGCCAAUGCUGUGGAGAGACAGAAGGUGAAAGAGUGGAAAAGCUUGUUUCCCCAAAAACUCAGCAACAAAAUUGCACAGAAAUCUGUAGAAAAGUCUUUUUCGAGUUUCAACGAUACGAUUGCCUUGAAAAUAGAACAAAGAGAGCAAGAGGAAUGCGGGCACCGGGCAGUAGGGAGCCAACUUGACUAUGUUUCCUAA